AUUCGCCGUCUUCACUUUUUCUGCGAGUUUCGCCGCUCUUCCUUCUCCUCCUUCUUAAAGGGUUCCCUCAUUCUGCCUAUAAAUUGUAGCAGAGACCUCACAUAGAAAGAGAAAACCCACAUUGAUCGCUCCAACAUUGGGAAAUGGCGAAAGAAAUUAGAUUCUUCGAGCUCAACACUGGGGCUAAGAUGCCUUCCGUUGGUUUGGGGACAUGGCAGGCUGAUCCCGGCGUUGUUGCCAAUGCAGUUGCCACUGCUAUUAAGGUCGGGUACAGGCACAUCGAUUGUGCUCAAGCUUACUACAAUCAAGCAGAGAUUGGUUCUGCUCUUAAGAAACUGUUUGAUGAAGGAAUUGUGAAACGUGAAGAUUUAUGGAUCACCUCCAAACUCUGGUGCGCAGAUCAUGCUCCUGAGGACGUACCAAAGGCGUUGGAUAAAACUCUGAAGGAGUUGCAGCUUGACUACCUAGAUCUCUAUCUGAUACACUGGCCAGUGAGAAUGAAGAGAGGAUCGGUAGGAUUCAAGCCUGAGAAUCUGACGGAAACAGACAUAGCGAGCACGUGGAGAGCGAUGGAGGCGGCGUACGAAUCCGGCAAGGCGAGAGCAAUCGGAGUGAGCAAUUUCUCGACGAAGAAGCUGAAUGAGCUGCUGCAGAUUGCAAGAGUGCCUCCUGCCGUUAAUCAAGUGGAAUGCCACCCCCAGUGGCAGCAGCCCAAGCUCCAUGAAUUCUGUGCAUCCCAUGGAGUUCACAUUUCUGGAUAUUCACCGCUGGGGUCUCCAGGAACAGCAAGUAUCAAGGGUGACGUCCUUAAGCAUCCAGUGAUCAACAUGGUGGCAGAGAAGCUGGGGAAGACUCCGGCUCAAGUGGCCCUUCGCUGGGGCCUCCAAGCAGGUCACAGCGUCCUCCCUAAGAGCACGAGCGAGACCAGAAUCAAAGAAAACUUCCAUGUCUUCGAUUGGUCCAUCCCUGAAGAAUUAAUGGCCAAGUUCUCUGAGAUUAACCAGGAGAGGCUGAUCAAGGGAACUGGAUUUGUUCACGAGACCCUUGGGUUCUACAAGACCAUUGAAGAACUCUGGGAUGGUGAACUGUGAAUGAGAAGCAGGAUGCAGCAUUAAUUGAUGAUUACAAGUAAAUUAAUCUCAAAUUACUUGUGAGUUUGUUGAUGUUCAAAAUGCCUUUCCAGUCCAAUAACUGUAGGACAGAUUAAUUCGGUCAUUUUCCUUGGCCGUUGAGGUUCACAGCAGUCAGAAGAUAAGGAUUUUUUUUUUGUCACAUUAAAUAUAUUCGGUUGUAUUUGUUUCCAUCCAUUUUGAUUAUUUGGAUUACCUUCCGUUGGAUUCA